UCAGGGCCUGAAGUCGGUGCAAAAACAUGUCCGCUCAAGCGAGGAAUUGAGAAAUUAUAGCUUGAUUUCUGCCAAACUAGCCCUAAAAACAUGCCUCGUUAAGCAAUCUUGCGAUAGAUAUUACAUUUCUUCGUACUUUCCGAGCGAUCGCGUUGAAAUCAGACCGAGAUCAAGUUCGCGAUUUCGACGAGUUUGUCUCGCAUCUCAGCCACUUAGUCUUUGCGCAAAUUGGAGUACACGAAUCACCCAUGCGAUCUUUUCGAGCUGUAGUGAGAGGUAUAACGUCAAUUUAGAUUGUACCGAUGUCGAAUCCAACAGCCACACUCACAAGCUUGUGGAUAGAAGGUCAACCAAGCCCUGUGAAGAGUAACCCAGCUACUCCAGUGAAAGGAGUUGUGAAUCGGGACGCUACAGUGGUUUCAGAAGACUUCUUAAAGUUUUACAAAGAUAGUGGACUUGAACCUUUAGCCCGAGAGGCUGGCGUGAUAGACAACAACGGAACACUAGACGGACUGAAAGAUUCCACCUCUCAUCCAAGAGUCAAUUCUGAUGCAGCAAGACUGGCAAAUAGCCCAAAUGUGAUGCCUGUGACAGCAGCCAAAAUUUCACCUGUUAUUUUACCCAAAACAGCAAAUUCUGCUCCAUCCCCAAUGGUAAUAGGUUCUCCUGGACCACAUCAAGUUAUUACUGUUGGUGGAAGUCCAAGAACACCAACCAUGAUUGCUGCUCCAAUUGUGGCACCAAAUACAACAGCUUCAUGGACGAGAGUAAACACAACUCCAAAUAGUGGAAAGAAAAGGAGAAUGGAUUGCUUGGAGAAUAGUGACCUACUAGAUAGUGCAGAAAGAAAACGAGGUAAAAGACUACCAAGUGCAGGUCGCUCAGGGGGCGAUAAAAGUGGAAAAGGGCUGAGACAUUUCUCCAUGAAAGUCUGUGAGAAAGUUCAGCAGAAGAGAACAACAUCCUACAAUGAGGUUGCUGAUGAAUUGGUUCAGGAGUUCAGUGAUCCUGAUAAACAUCUCUCACCCACGGACCAGGCUUACGAUCAGAAGAACAUCAGAAGAAGAGUAUAUGAUGCAUUGAAUGUGCUGAUGGCAAUGAACAUCAUUUCAAAAGAAAAGAAGGAAAUCAAGUGGGUUGGUUUGCCCACAAACUCUGCGCAAGAAUGCCAACAAUUAGAGGAAGAAAAAAGGGAAAGACAAGAAAGAAUAAGACAAAAGACAGCUCAAUUACAGGAGCUGAUCCUGCAGCAAAUUGCUUUUAAGAAUCUUGUACAAAGGAACAAACAAGUGGAAAAGGAUCAGGGUUCACCAGCUGCCAACACAGCUAUCCAUCUGCCUUUUAUCAUUGUGAACACAAGCAAGAAGACUGUCAUUGACUGCAGCAUAUCAAAUGACAAAUUUGAGUAUCUGUUCAACUUUGACAACACAUUUGAAAUCCAUGAUGACAUUGAGGUUCUGAAACGAAUGGGUAUGUCAUUCGGUUUGGAAAAGGGACAGUGUGAGGAGGCAAACCUGCGAACCUCAAGAACAAUGGUCCCAAAAGCACUUGAGCCUUAUGUCAUGGAUAUGGCAAAAACUGGUCCAGUUGGACUUGCUGGAAUACUUGGCAAUCAUGCAACACCCAACAAAUCCAUGGGGUCUUCAGCUUCUCCGUUGGUUGCAGCCACUACGCGGAUGUCACCUCUUCCUGCCCCAAACACACCUUCGUCACCACUGGCCACCCCCUUGCCUCAAGGACAUGGAACUUCACCUGUACCUACGGCAACCAGCCAUACACGGAAUCGUACCUCAAGAACAUCAUCUAUGGCUAGUGAUAGUGGGCCCUCACACCGAACCGCGUCUCCAUAUUCCUUUCCCUCUUCUCCAGCUUCUGAUGCUUCUUCAGAAUUAUCACAAGAUGGAUUUAUGGACACAGACGACACCAACACACACCACUGAUUUUAUCAUCAAUUAAAGUUUUAGGAGUGUGCGUUUAGGCGAUAGAGACAAUUAUGAUAUUACUUCACUUCCCAAGAGUGAAGUAUUUUGGUUUUGGAAUGCAAUAACUGAACUAAGUUUGUACAUUUUACAGGCUUAUACUAUGAAAUGCUUACUACCAUUUGGUAUUAGUUGAUGCAAGGCUUUUAUAGUUUUUUUUUUUUUCAACUUGAACAUCCUCUGUGGAAUGCUACAGAACAUCAACAAGAAUGUAGUGUAGUAAAACAUAUCCAAACAUGUACGUACAUUUCGUGAGACAAAAAAUGGGAGAAAAAUAGUGAUGUAGAUUAGCGAAGUUUUUGAUCUGAGUGAAAAGGUACUGACCAAAGAGAAGGAGGUAAUUUUGAUAUCAAUGUUCUUUGGUGUAGAUUUGAUAAAUAAGGUACAAGUUGCAAUUUGUAAGUUUUACAUCAAUUUGUUGUGAUGGAAACAAAUUUGAAUGUAUAUGUUAAAGCAUCAAAUGGACUUCUACUGUGUAACAUGCUCUGUGAUGUCGAAGCUUAGUUCACAACUCCUCACAGAGCUGGUAUUAUUUCUGAUUUUGUACAGCACCUCGGGCAGAGUGCAAAGAUGGGUACAAGGCUGCAAUAAAUAAAAACAACAAACAUGUAAA